CCGCUGCCAAGUCAGCUCACAUCUCUGUUGGCAGCCUUUUUUAAGUUAUUUCGUUGCCCGAACCACACAUGGUAUGGUAGAGCAUGAGCAGCUGCCGGAUUAAGGUCUUGACCAGCUUCUUCCACCGCUCUUCGUUCCAUCCUACUUCUCCUCUUCCUGCUACUUGCUCCCCACUUCCCGCACCAUCAUUCUUUACGUCUCUCUCCCAUUCCACCCUACCGCACGACCACCGUCGGCACCCGCAUCUUUCGGAUUCGGAUUCGAAUGGAGCAGAGGAGCGAGCGUCCGCCGCCUCCGUCGUCGCCGAGGAUGUGUGCCUGGCGCUGCUGUCUCGUUGCAGGUCACUGCGAGAGGGCAUCUGCGUGCACGGCUUCAUUAUCAAGGCGGGCCUCCACGGGCACCUCCUCCUCAGCAACCGCCUCCUCGCCCUCUACUCCAGAUGCUCCGGUGGAGCGGCCCAAGCGCGCAAGUUGUUCGACGGGUUGCCCCACCGGGAUGCUGCCACCUGGAGCGGCAUCAUCUCGGCCUACUCUCGAAGCGGGGAUCACGAGGAGGCCCUCCGCUUGUUCCAACGUAUGCUGCUGGUCUCCGAUUCUUCCGCCGCGAACGAGUUCGUGCUCUCGAGCGUCGUGCGCUGCGCCUCCUCGCUCCGGGCGCUGGACCUGGGGAUGCAGGCUCACGCUCACAUACUGAAGCGCGGGUUCGGAUCCAACGCCGUCCUGGGCAGCGCUCUGCUCCAUCUCUACUCCAGGUGCGACGGGCUCGAAGAAGCAGCUCGGAUCUUCGCCCUGAUCGACCGCCAGGACGUCGUCUCCUGGACCGCCAUGAUCUCUGCUCUCGUGGACGCCGAGGACUGGGGCGGCGCCGUGCAGAUGUACGCCUCCAUGGUCGAGAGCGGGACCGCGCCUACAGAGUUCACCUUCGCCAAGCUUCUGACUGCCAGCGGAUUUCUCGGCCGGCGGUGUGGCGCGCUGCUCCACGCUCACCUGGUCCUCUGGGGUUUCGAGCUUAAUCUGGUCCUCAAGACGGCGCUUGUAGACAUGUACUGCAAGUGCCGCGACAUGAGCGCCGCUCUCAGAGUCUUCCACCAGACGCCCGAAUCCGAUGUGAUGCUCUGGACAGCGCUGAUCGCCGGUUACUCCCAUGUGGAAAACUACCGUGAGGCCAUCUCGGCAUUCCGAGAGAUGGAGGCCGCUGGCGUCACGCCCAACUCCUUUACGUACGCGGGGAUCCUCAGCGCGUGCGCGUCGACUCCGGCGCCCGAAUUGGGGAGGCAAGUCCAUGGUCGGGUGGUCAGGGCCAGUCUGGAUCACGACGCGUCCGUGGGGAACGCGCUGGUAGACCUGUACGCCAAAUGGUCCCCGGAUUUGGAGGACCCCGUGCGCGCCUUCCAGCGGAUCGCUUCCCCAAACGUGGUCUCCUGGACGGCUCUGAUCGCGGCGCUUGCCCGGCACGGGCGACAACGAGACGCGUCGGCAGCACUGACGGAGAUGCGGGCCGCCGGAGUGGAGCCCAACUCCUUCACCCUGUCGACGCUCCUCAAGGGCUGUGGUGACGACUCCGGCGAAGCAAAAGCACAAGUAGUUGUAGAAGCUCUGGCUCAUGCGAGGAAGCUCCAGGCCUACAUGCUCAAGACCGGACUGGGCACGGCGGAUGCUGCCGUCGGGAACUCGCUGGUGGACGCCUAUGCUAGAUGCGGGAGGGCGGACGAGGCGUGGGCUGUGGCGAGCACGAUGAUGCCCCGUAGGGAUGUGUUCACGUACACGAGCUUGGCCAGGGGAAUGAACCAGAUGGGCCUCCACCGAAGGGCUCUCGGCUUGAUCCCUCGCAUGAGCGAGGAGGGCGUGAGGAUGGACGGCUUCAGCCUCGCAUGCUUCCUAUCUGCUGCUGCAGGCUCGGUGGCUGUCGGAUCCGGGAAGCAGCUGCACUGCUACUCGGUGAAGUCCGGGUUGCGCAGCUGGAUUUCGGCAUCCAACGGCCUUGUCGACAUGUACGGCAAAUGCGGGAGCAGUGAUGAGGCCCGCAGGGCCUUCAUGGCGAUCCAGAAGCCGAAUGUGGUGUCGUGGAACGCAUUGAUAUCCGCGCUGGCAUCCAAUGGGCGGUUCGUGGAAGCCCUGUCCGCUUUCGAGGACAUGAGGCUGGCGGGAGUCCCGCCGGACGGCAUCACGUUCCUGCUGGUGCUGUACGCCUGCAGCCAUGGCGGACUGGUCGAUGCUGGCAUCGAGUAUUUCAACUCCAUGGAAGAACUGUACGGCGUGCCCCCACAGUGCGAUCACUAUGUUUGCCUGGUGGACAUGUUGGGCCGAGCCGGCAGGCUGGACGCGGCGGCGCUGGCCAUAGAGACCAUGCCCUUCCGGCCGGAUACGUUGAUCUACAAGACCCUGCUUGCCUCCUGCAAGUUCCACGGGAACCUCUUUCUUGGGGAGUGCAUGGCGAGGAAUGCGCUGGAGAUUGACCCGGCGGAUCCAGCGAUAUAUGUGCUGCUAGCAGGCAUCUAUGAUGAUGCAGGGAGGCCGGAGUGGGGUGAGCAGACCCGCAGGAUGAUGAAGGAGAGGGCGCUAAGGAAGUGCCCCGGCCAGAGUUGGACGGAGGUUGAGAAACUAACAUGACGGGAUGGCCUUGUUUCCUGCUUUGCUCUUCUUCUAUUUUUCCAUGCCCCCUUCUCUUUCUCAAUUUUCUGCACUGUGGCGGCGAUGACAUACAUGUCCUGAUGAAUUGGCAGCACUUCUGCAAUGGAUGCCGAAGGUUGCGGUUUUAUGAU